GAUUGAUGAGGGCAGUGAGUUCUCUGGUUUGAGGCUCUCUUAUUGUGGUGGGGAUUGAUGGGGGCAGUGAGUUCUAUGGUUUGAGGCUCUGUUAUUGUGGUGGUGUAUUAAUGGCGAAUAGGUUUAAUUCUCUGGCUUUGGUUUUCCUCCAGGUUCUGUGAGUCCCCCACCAGUGACUUGGAGAUGAGGAACGGCCGGGGCCGGGGCAAGAGGAUAAGGCCUAACGGAAACACGCCCGUCAACGAGAACAGCAACUCGUCGGACAACAAGGGCAGCGGCACCAGCAAGACGCGCGCCGCCAACAGCAGCAGCAAGGGCCGGCGGGGCACGCCGCCCAACAGCAACACAGAAGACGUCAAAGUCAGCCCUUCGUCGACUAAUAAGCGCAAGAACAAGCCCGCCUCAGACAUGGAGCCCAACUCCAGCUCAGAGGACACCAAGGGCAGCAAACGCACGCGCACCAACUCCAACAGCGGCCCUGGAGGAGUGCCCCAGCCGCCUCACGCCGUCCUCCCUGGAGGAGUACCCCAGCCGCCUCACGCCGUCCUCCCUGGCAAGCCCAGCAUAAAGAUGGAGACACUGCCCCCGCAGCAACUCGACCGCAACUGCCCUUCGCCAGUGCUCAUUGACUGCCCGCACCCCAACUGCAACAAGAAGUACAAGCACAUUAAUGGCCUCAAGUACCACCAGGCCCGUGCCCACAAUGAUGAUGACAUCAAGCUGGACAUGGAUGGGGACAGUGAGUACGGGGAGGACUCUACGCUCCACCCCGAUCCGAGCAGCUGCAAUGGGGCCUCCAUCUCUCAAAAGGGCUGCUUGUCACCGGCCCGCUCAGUCACGCCCAAGGGUAGGGGCUUUGAGGCCCAGACUCCGUCGCCCUCCUCGGGUAAGUUUGGCUCCAAGCAAGGUAAAAAGAAGCCCUGCGAGGUCGAUCUAGAGGCAGGGGGCAUGCCCAUGGAUGGCUGUGAGGACGGGCCCUGCCUAACGGACGAGGCCAGCAACGACGGCAUGGACGACAAGAAGGACAAGGCCAAGAAGACGGGUAGCGGCUCCAAGGCAGACAAGCUGGCCCAGAAGGGCAUGAAGUCAACGCGGCCCAUCGCCCCGACCAUACCACCUCAGCAGCUCUACUCCCUACAGACGGCAGGCGGCUUCCCUGCAGCCAGCCCUGGCUCCACCCCUGCCAUUGGUUCAGCAGUUCAGUCUAUCCCCAAGAGCCCUCAGCUGAAAGCGAUCCAGUCCAAGCCCUCGGCACUGGGAGACCCCUCGCCUGUGAACCCAGCGCUGAGCGGCUCCAAGGACAAGAAGAAGAAAGACAAGAAGAAGAAGGAGGCAGGAAAGGAGGGAGAUAGCCCCAAAGGGAAAGGGGGAAAGCCAGAGGAAGGCAAGAGCCCGUACUCUGAAUCUUCGGACCCGGGGAGCAAAGGCGACGGGCUGCUGAACGGCUCAUCAGACCCCCACCAGAGCCGGUUGGCCAGCAUCAAGGCCGAGGCGGACAAGAUAUACAGCUUCACCGACAACGCUCCCAGUCCCUCCAUCGGUGUGGCCAGCAGGAUAGAGGCUGGAGGCAUGGCCCAGCCCCUCACCCCACUCCAUGUGGUCACACAAAACGGAGCUGACAACUCCUCGGUGAAGACCAACAGCCCGGCCUACUCUGACAUCUCGGACGCGGGCGAGGACGGCGAGGGCCGGGUGGAGGGUGUCAAGGGAGUCAAGUCCGAGGAGCAGGCCACCCGAGAGGGGACCAAGAAGGCCCUGUUCCCCACCCAAACAGCCAGCAAGGAGUCCCCCUACUAUCCCGGCUACGAGAAUUACUACUCCCCAAACUACGCCAAUCCUAACCCUAGCCCGGGGGUGUCGGCCACGGGGGCCACGCAACAGGAGGGGGCCCAGGUCAAGGUGAAAAAAGAGGAGCAGGAGGAGCGUAAGGUCAAGCAGGAGCAGCAGGAGGAGCGUAAGGUCAAGCAGGAGCAGCAGGAGGAGCGUAAGACCGAGAUGGGUGCCUCUGGACCGGGGCAACAGCAGCAGCAGCAACAGGCCUCGGUCAUCCAGCAGCGCUCCAACAUGUAUAUGCAGCCUCUCUACUACAACCAGUAUGCCUACGUUCCCCCGUACGCCUACCACCCGGACCAGGCCUACCACAACCACCUGCUGAACACCAACCCGGCCUACCGGCAGCAGUACGAUGAGCGGCAGAGGCAGGUCGUAGCCGAGCAGCACCGCGCCGCCGAGAAGAAAUCAGACGCUGCUGGAAAGGAGCGAGAGCGAGAGGGCUCCUCAGGGAAGGAGCGGGGUGAGGAAUGGAAGCAGAAGGCUUUGGUGCCCCCCACCCUCUCCAAGGCUCCCAGUGUCACAGACCUGGGCAAAGGCGGGCUGCCCCAGGGCAAGCCGCCCAAAGAGCCCUCGUCCUCCUCGGAGCAGACCAAGUCAUCGGUCAUCAUGCCCAAGGGGGAGGACGCCAAGGCGCCGGCCCAGCAGGCUGAGGGGCUAAAGAUGAAGCUGAGUGAAGGAGGGCACCACGGGAAGGGGGAUGAACCCAAGGCGGGCAUGGAGUCCGGCAGGCCCUCGGCCAUGGAACAGGCCAUGUGGUACAGACAGGAGCCUGACUCGCGGCUGUGGCCUUACCUCUACCCCAGCAAAUACCCUGAGGCCCAGAAACCACAGGACGUGGAGCGCCACAGGGAAAGAGACAGAGACCGAGGAGAGCGGGACAGAGACCGAAAGGGCAAGGAGGGCAGGGACGAGAGGGCUCGGCCCAAAGACGUCACCCCAAAGGAGGAGAGCAAAGAGGGGGUUGAGCCCCGGUUGUCUUUGGCCUUGGAGGAACACCGGGGGGUGGGAAAGGACCCAAGGGGCACCGCUGGCCACAUGCAGUUCUCCUCUCCCAUGGCCCAGCACCAAGGCUACAUGCCUUACAUGCAUGGCGCCUACGCCUACGGCCAGGGCUAUGACCCCAGCCACCCGGGCUACCGCGGGAUGCCAUCAGUCAUGAUGCAGAACUACCCUGGGUCCUACUACUCAUUCUAUGGCAAUAAGAUGGGGCCGGGCGAGGAAGGCGGCGAGAAGGCGGCGCGCGCCAGCCCCACGGUCGGUGGCAAGUCGUCCUCCGAGGCCAAGGCCCUGGACAUCCUUCACCAGCACGCCAGCCAGUACAAGAGCAAGUCGCCCACGGUCGGCGAGAAGACCUCCUCGCAUGAAAGGGAACGGGAGCGCGCUGUGGCCGAGCGAGACAUGGACCGGCCGCGUUCCUCUCCCUCACAGCGCAUCAUGCCUUCCCAUCACCACCUGGGCUACCCGCUGCUCUCGGGGCAGUACGACCUGUCCUACGCCACAGGUCUCUCUUCAUCAGCCAUAGUUGCCAGUCAACAAGCCUCCUCCCCCUCCAUGUACCCCCCUGCACGGAGAUGAGAAUGGGAGACCUGAUUGGCUGACCUCGACCUUGCUUGGAGCCAUGUGACUGGAUCACACAAAGAAGCCUGAUGCAGAGCUCAUUUUAAGACAUCAGUUCAAUGGUGUUUGGUGUAUUUUUUUAGUUUCUGCCUGGUUGUUCCGGCUGUUCUGCUUCCUCCCUCCGCUAGUGGGGUGGCCACCCUACGGCAAGGCUUCCCGUGGCUGGCUUGAGGGCUCACCGAGCCCCCUCCUCUGUCUGGCCAGCCAGUCACUCCUUUGCACCACUCACGUGAUGGACUAAAAGGUCUGAGGGACGGCCUGACGAGGCUGACGCGUUCUGAUGGAGUGAGGCCUUAUCACACGGACGGGCCAUAUUGGAAGUGGAGAGUGUAGAUGGGAGAGGGGUUCGAUCAGAAACAUACUGGAUUAAGUUUGGAAUCACUACAUAGAGAUAUGGACCUAUUGGAUUGAUGGCUGACCCUGAGCCUGAGCGUGAUAGGGUUGCAGCUUGACUUCUGGGUUCUUUCAUCCAUCCACCAAACUACCCACUGACCCGGAGGACAUUUUGAGACAUUCAUUGCAUUGCAAUGGACCCAUGUUUUUCCCCCUUCUGUUAUUUUUUUGGUGGGGGGGUCGUUGUUUGGGCCAGAGGAGGGGUGACUGAAAGGGGAGCGACUGGUUUUCGUUGUCUCCAUCCCUCUCCACCACUCUGGGCUUUCUAUGCAAGCCGAAGCUGCUCUUCUCCUUAUACUGACAGAGACAGCCCUCCUCUUCCUCGGUUCAGUUUCAGGGGGAGGAAACAUUCAAGUUCAGGCUCUGUUGAAUCUGUAGUUGUUUGUGUGAAAAGUUAUCAAUCGCCUACUUGAGUUCAUUCAGAGAGUCAAACUAUCCGUGUUUGUUUUUUUGUUGCGUUUUAUUUGUACACAGCUUUUUAUUUGUACAAGGCUUUUUAUUUUUGUGCGUCGUUCGUUCCACAGCAUUAGUCUCACAACUAUUCAUGUUUUUGUAUUAUUUUAGCAGUUUAUUUGAUUUUUUUUUUUUCUUUGUGUGUCUUGUUGGCUUGACGACCGUGUUUCCAUCUCACUCUGACCCAGUGGUAAAACAAACUCCUUUGGCUGUUUGUGUCUGUGUUGAACACUUCUGGCCUUUCUGUGGUGGCGGUGACAGCUGUCUCCUCGUUUCCUUUCCCAAAGGGUCAUCCAGUUUACAAAGUAGCUCCAAUGCAUCUGCUCCAGCUCCCAGCUCCUCAGCAAGGACCCCGGCUUAAAGGGAGAGGAUAUAUUUGUGCCUGGAGGUACUUUGGCUUAGAGAGAAGAGGAACGGAGAGGAGCAGGGAUGUACCAUCCUGGUGCUCUCCAAGCUCUGUGACCCGGCAGGUUGCGCUAAUCAGAGGAGCUGACUGGACUCUUCAGAUGCUGCCUCUAGUUCCAUCCAUCUUCACUGGGCACUGCAGAGGGGGAGAGGGGUUCUCAGACAGGCAGACAGGCAGACAGGCAGGCAGACAGACAGACAGGCAGGCAGACAGGCAGCCCAGGUCGUAAAGUGCACAAGGCUUUUGUUUUGUCUGUUUGUGCACACUGUCUGGGACCUACAUGGCUAUAUGAGAACGGUCUGCAAGCCACAGUCUGGCAGUCGCUGCUGCUAGUCUCUCACCAAACUGCAUCAUGGGUUAUCUGCAGUCCUCCCUCAUCAAUGGACAUGUAAGAACACAAAGGGAAACUCUCUCUAGAGCUGUCAGUGGAUGCUCAGUAGAUAUGACUGCUGCACUCACUCUCCCUCUGUCCUGUAGUGAUGGAGAGACAGGCAGCUCUCUCCCUCUGUCCUGUAGUGAUGGAGAGACAGGCAGCUCUCUCCCUCUGUCCUGUAG